CAUUUCAAAACAAACAUGGCGGCGCUGGUGGAGGGUGCUGCGAAGAGUGCACACGUGGAGAGAAAGAACCAGAAAAAGCCAGUAAAGCGCUAUUGGGAGAAGACAGAAGAGUUAAAGAACAGCGAUCAGCCCACUUCAGACAGAUCCAUAUCCACAGAAAAUACUGCAGACAGAUGUACAUCCACAGAAAACACCGCAGACGGAUCCACAUCCACAGAAAACACAGGAUCAGUCAAAAGAAGGAAAGGUGGACAGAUCCCGUCAGGGAAAAAGGACCCUUUCCCUGGUGAGGCCCCUAUACCACAGGAACAGCUUCAGAAGUACCAGAGAGGAAGUAAAAACAAUGUGCCGAAAGGGGCUCAGCGGAGACUUAAGGAGGCCAUUGCCUGGUCUGAGACGGUGUCUGAACUUGCACAGAAACAAGCCGCACGAUAUGAUCUACUACUACCAGAGGAUGCUGGAUUCCUGGAAGGAGACGAGGAUGAAGACACAUGCAGGAUCUCUCAAGAGGACAUAGCCGAUGCGGUUGACAUCACUUCUGGAUCAAAGUAUUUCAACUUACAUCUUUCCCAGUUUGGACCUUAUAGGCUGGACUACAGCAGAACUGGACGGCAUCUGUUAUUGAGUGGAAAACGAGGUCAUGUGGCCUGCAUCGAGUGGCAGUCGAAAAACCUCACAUGCGAGAUGAACGUCAUGGAAACUGUGAAUGACAUCAAGUGGCUCCACACAGAGGCCAUGUUUGCUGUGGCACAGAAGAAGUGGCUCUACAUCUAUGACUCGGAAGGCAUCGAGCUCCACUGUGUGAAGAAAUUCAAUGACGUCUUGAAAAUGCAAUUUCUGCCCUAUCACUUCCUGCUUGCUACAGCAAGCGCCACGGGCUUUCUGCAAUAUCUAGAUGUGUCGGUGGGUAAGGAGAUCGCAGCCAUCUGCACGAAAUCUGGACGCCUAGACGUGAUGUCACAGAAUCCCUAUAAUGCAGUUAUUCACCUGGGCCACUCAAACGGUACCGUAAGCCUGUGGUCGCCCAAUCAGAAAGAGCCACUUGUAAAGAUGCUGUGCCAUCGGGGCGCCAUUCGUUCCUUAACAGUGGAUAAAACCGGCACGUACAUGGUGACGUCAGGUCUGGAUAGAAAGCUAAAGGUGUAUGAUGUUAGAGCUUUUAAACCUCUUCACUCUUAUUUUCUGCCUGCCGGAGCCUCUUGCUUAUCUCUGAGCCAGAAAGGACUGCUCAGUGCUGCCACUGGAGAUAUUGUACAGGUUUAUCAGAACGUUUGGGGAGGCAGUCCUGUAUCCAAACCCUACAUGGCCCAUCGGGUGCGAGGGCAGGUUUGGGGUCUUGCUUACUGCCCCUUUGAGGAUGUUCUUGGAGUUGGACAUGGAGAGGGCUUUACCAGCAUGAUUGUUCCAGGUGCGGGAGAACCAAACUUUGACGCUCUUGACACAAACCCGUACCGCAGUGCUAAACAGAGGCAGGAAUGGGAGGUCAAGGCUCUUCUAGAGAAGGUGCAGCCCGAGCUGAUAGGUUUGGACCCCGGGCAGCUGGGGAAAGUGGACCAGGCCAGCUUUGAGCAGAGGCACAAGGAAAGAGUGGACAUUUUGGGUUAUGAUCCAUUGGCAAAAGAAAAAUUUAAACCAAAGGCAAAGAAGAAAGGACGAAGCUCUGCUGGUGCUAUAGAGAAACGAAAGAGGAAAGUGGCAUACGAGGAUCAGAGGGAUGUGAUUCGACAAAACGUGGAAGAGCAAAUGAAACGGCAGAAGGAGAAAUCCAGUGAAAGCCAGCAGUUGGGGAAGAAGUCAACACUCGACCGUUUCAGAAAACAGGACAAAUAGCAUUCAGAGCACAUGGACACCAAGUGUGGUCAUUUCAUAACAAAAAUCUAUGGAUGUCAUUUUUAUUGUUCGCUGAGUGUUGCUUGUUAAAUAAAAUACCUACACAAGCCAC